AUGAACGGCCCCUCGAGCCCGCGGCCUGCGCGGCCCAUGAGCAUCAAGGAGAUCACCGAUGCAGCAGAGGACUUUGAAUUCAGGACGACGAUUCCCUUCAAGUAUUGGGCGCGCUCUGCCGACACCCUAUUUCAAGAGGCCACGUUCGCGCUGCAAGACCGCGAUGUCCGAAAGGCAUAUCAGAUGCUAUGGCGACACUCGAUCCUCGUGCUACAACAUCUCAAGACACACCCCGACGCCAAACUGCCCGAGAACAAGGCCCUGACGAAGCCGCUCUUCAACCGCCAGCAGAAGGAGGUGUUUGCGCUGUUGGAGGGGCUGAAGCCGCAAAUCGACCGUGACUACAAUGAGUGGAGGUUGAUGACUGCAUCCAAGAAGAAGGCCGACGAUGAAACCGCAAAGAGACCCUCGAGCUACGACGAGUUCGCCGCCCGAGACCCGACCCUGUCCGGCAAUGCGAAGAUCCUGGACGCCGCCGACAACCAGGAACUGGCCGUCUCCCUGGCGCAAAGGGACUUCAAACGCCGGGAUGCUGCGAGAAAAGCAACCCGACAAGCAGGUGUCUCGGAAGAAGAGGAGCAAGAGCGCCGGAAGGGUGGUCGUUGGGAGGAUUGGGAGCAAUUCGGUGGCCCAGCGACAGCAGCGACAGUGGCGACGACAGAUGAUGAUGAGAUAAGGGGACAGAUCGAGGCAACGCGGCGCCGGCUCGACGGCACAGAUCAAGGACGAGAUGACGCGAGCGCCAGAUACUCGCAGGCCAGCUACCGGAGUUCGGUACCCCCUCCGAGAGCGCCGCCCAGCCAUUCGUACAAUUACCCAUCCAUUUCGAGACCGAGAGCGGUGGAAUGGGAGGCGACGCCGUUGGAACCGCAGCGCGCAUACACGCCGCAGCCGCCCCAACCGCCGAAGCCACCGAAGGAAGACUUUACGACACUACGACAGGAGCUCGAUGCGGCGGCGCCUCCGAUGAGACCCGGCAAAGAUCCUCUGCCCUCGUAUGAGUCAGCGUCAGCCGGCAUGCUGCGACAGGAUGUUCCCGAACUGCCAGCAAAGGAGGAGGUUGUCGCACCUUCAGCCAAGGAGCGCCUGACGUUCCGCCCGGCAGCCUACCUCGAGAACGGCGACCCGAUCCGACCCGUGUUCCUCCCGACGCAGCUCAAGGACAAAUUUCUCAGCAUCGCUUCGGAGAACACCCGCAAGGGUCUGGAGAUGUGCGGCAUCCUCUGUGGGCGGCCGGUUAAUAAUGCGCUGUUCAUCAGCUGCCUUCUCAUCCCGGAGCAGAAAAGCACGCCCGACACGUGCGAGACGGAGAACGAGUCCACGAUGCUCGACUACUGCAUCAACGAGGAUCUCUUGAUGGUGGGAUGGAUUCACACACACCCGACGCAGACGUGCUUCAUGAGUUCGCGCGACCUUCACACACAGGCCGGUUACCAGGUCAUGAUGCCCGAGAGCAUAGCCAUCGUUUGUUCUCCACGGCACCAGCCCUCAUUUGGCAUCUUCCGCCUCACCAACCCCCCCGGACUCAAUCACAUCCUGCAGUGCACCAGGUCGGAAACGUUCCACCAGCACUCCAUUGACAACCUCUACACGAAGGCACAAAACCCGCCAGGCCACGUUUACCACUCGGACAAGCUCGACUUUUACGUAAAGGACUUGCGUCCUAACCAGUAG